UAAGAUCUGUGUAUGUCAUACAGAUUUUUAAUAUAAUCUGGUUUGGAAUAUUUUAGUUAAUAUCAAACUUUAUUUGUAUAGGUGUUUAAGAUAAUAUAAUUUGGGAUGAAGUUUACGGAACAUCUAGCUGCCCACAUUACUCCAGAAUGGAGAAAACAGUACAUCAGUUACGAGGAAAUGAAAUGUAUGCUCUAUGCCGCAGUGGAACAAUCACCAUCCGCAGAACUUGUUGAACCAGAUGUUUUAACCAGAUAUUUUGCCAAGUUUGACGAGCAGUUCUUCCAUUACUGUGACAAAGAAUUAGCAAAAAUAAAUACUUUUUAUUCAGAAAAACUUGCUGAAGCCACAAGGAAAUUUUGCAGCUUGAGAAGUGAACUGAGUGAAGCUCAAGAAGAUGAGUUUAGAUCCAAGGAAGGAUUUUUUAGUAACCGUCCAAAAAUCUUGCGGAAGAGAGAUGUGCCUGCUCGGAAAAUUCAAGAGUUAAAACUGGCCUUCAGCGAGUUUUAUCUCAGCCUUAUUCUGUUACAAAAUUACCAAAACCUAAACUUUACUGGAUUUAGAAAAAUUCUUAAAAAACACGAUAAGCUGCUAAGUGUCGAUAUCGGAGCAAGAUGGCGUACAGAUCACGUGGAGACCUCUCACUUCUACACCAACAAAGACAUCGACCGACUGAUACAGGAGACGGAGGCGACAGUGACACAGGAGUUGGAGGGGGGCGAUCGGCAGCGUGCGAUGAAGCGGCUCAGAGUACCACCCUUGGGCGAACAACAAAGCCCCUGGACUACGUUCAAGGUCGGACUCUUCAGCGGAUCAUUUGUUGUUCUCAUGAUUGCCGUAGCGCUCUCAGCAUUUUUCCACUCCAGCCGAGACGACUGGAGGGUGAUGGUCCGUCUCUACCGAGGACCGUUGUUGCUGGUGUUGUUCCUGUUUCUGAUGGGCAUCAACGUUUACGGUUGGCGAUCAUCGGGUGUCAACCAUGUGCUUAUCUUUGAGCUGGAUCCUCGCAAUCAUCUCUCCGAGCAGCACAUCAUGGAGAUGGCCGCCAUCUUCGGCGUUGUCUGGUCCCUCAGUGUUCUCAGUUUCCUGUACAGCUCGUCUCUUAGCAUCCCUCCCUAUGUCAACCCCCUGGCUCUCAUCACCAUCAUGGUGCUGUUCCUCUUCAACCCCACCAAGACAUUCCGCCACGAGGCUCGCUACUGGGUGCUGCGGGUUCUGACGAGGAUUGUUGCUUCCCCAUUCUUCUACGUUGGUUUUGCAGACUUCUGGCUGGCAGAUCAGCUGACCAGUUUGGUCCCGGUGCUUCUCGACUUUCAAUUCUUCAUCUGUUUUUACAUCACCAACGAUUCAUGGAUGAAAGCAGAUAGAUCUGCGUUAUUUACAGAUGACGCCAACAAGUGUGUAGACCGAGUGACGACGCUGCGGCCCGUCGUCGCGUGUCUGCCAUGCUGGUUCCGCUUCGCGCAAUGUCUCCGACGUUAUCGUGACACCAAAGAGGCCUUUCCACAUCUCGCCAACGCUGCCAAAUACUCCACGACGUUCUUCGUCCUCUUAUUUUCAUCUCUUCAUUUUACUUAUAAAAGUCAAUACAAGAACCACAGUGACAACCCUUACUUCUACCUGUGGAUCGGGGCGUCUGUGGUGAGCUCCAUAUACUCCUACACCUGGGACAUCAAGAUGGACUGGGGACUGUUUGACAGCAAAGCAGGAGACAACAAGUUUCUCAGAGAAGAGAUUGUCUACCCCUCUGCAGGUUACUACUACACAGCCAUCAUAGAGGACCUGUUUCUCAGGUUUGGCUGGGUAUUGUCCAUGUCCCUCACGGAGAUGGGCUACGCUCAUGGAGAUCUCAUGGUCACCAUACUCUCUCCCCUGGAAGUUUUUAGGAGGUUUGUGUGGAACUUUUUCCGACUUGAGAACGAGCAUUUGAACAACUGUGGUAAGUUCAGAGCCGUCAGGGACAUCUCAGUAGCGCCGAUGGACUCUAGCGAUCAAACACAGAUCCUGCGUAUGAUGGACGAUCAAGACGGUGUUACCAACCGUCACAAGAAGAAACAAAGUGUUGCCAUCUUGAAGAAGAAAAGUGGCGGUGACACGUUAGCGGUGGAAGUCAACGAGUCUACUGACGACCCGGACACCUAGUUACCACGACCUCGCUGCAACUCCAAAGCUGUAACAACUGUGAGACUCGGCUGUAUCUAGUAACUAGACGUGACAUAAUGUCACACGUGUAUUUGUAUUGUAUUUGGAUACAAUGUAAAUUGAUCUCUGUAUCUGUAGAACUUGUAGAACAUCUCUAAUGGGAGUUAAGUUCUUAUCCCGGUGUUGUAGGGAUGGAAGUUGAGAUACAAAUUUUAGUAUGUGCCUACAGGCAAAGAUAUAUUUUACAUAAGAUAAGUUAUGUACCUUUUACACAUCUUUGUAACCCUUUGAUUCCCAAAGGUUGAUAAAUCCGUCGUUACGAGUAAUUUCAAAGUUUUAGCUAAAGUCUCUCAGCAAAACUCAACUCGGCUGUAAGCUAUACCUGGCAUAUAAUGCAACUUGAAAGUCAAGGUUUUGUGAAGUUAUCAAUAUAAUUAUUGCGGUAGACAGAUCAAUGACAAGUCUUUCUGGUUAGAAGAUGGCACCAUUUGAGGGUUCGAGUCCCGUCUUGUAUCAGGUCUAGUGUGCAAUUCCUCAGGAGUUCAGCUGUCUGUAGCAAAGCAAAAUUUUUCAUUCAGAAAACUAAAAUCAAACCUAAAAAAAUACCCUUUUAAAAUAAACGGACAACUCAGAUGGAUAUUAAUGGAAAUAUGGAUACUUUAGAUGCAUCUAAGUUUAAAGAAUUUGUCUACAUUGUAGUUGUUAGCCUCCGGUUUGCCAAAUAAUGUUAAAAAAGGUUUAAAUACCUACUAGGCAAUCUAUUCAAAUCACAAACGCAACUAGUUUUAGUUCCUACAUGGAGCCAUCACCAGGAAGCAACCUGUGGUGAUAUACUGCACCGACUCAAAUUCCGUCGAGUUACCGUCGUCUGUAAUCAUAACUGAUCAGUUACCGUAAAUGUGUCGUAUACGUGUGUGUAUCGUCUUCAAAUGUUUAUUUUUAUAUUUUUUUAAUGUGACGCUCUUCUUAUGAAAAGAGAAAUCGUCUUGUAACACCUGAUAAUGGUUCCAUGUAGGAGUUAAAACUACUGGUUUGCCAUUUGAAUGGAUUUUCUAGUUUUUACUCAUCCUUGCUGUGUGUGUUUGUGUGUCCAUCAAAACUUGUUAAAGGCGUUAAAAUUCUUUUUAUUUUCACUUAGAAGAAGUUAGAUUUCCAAUGAAUCGUAAAAAUUCAACUCAAUGAACAACACUUGGGGCUCAAAGGAAUAAGUGAUUCAGGCACAUCACAUUAGAACCACAAACAUUGAAGCGCUUGUGUUGUAUAAUAUAGAACAUGUUUUGUUCAUGUUUAUAGAUGCUAAUGUUUAAGUUUUGAACACAUCCCACCUAUAUCUUGAUAAUAGUAUAAUCUAAGCUAUGUUUACCUAAGUUGCUGAUAUAUUGGCAGCCUUGUGAUUGCUUACCUUUUACAAGCUAAUAAAUAUUAUAUUAUCGUAGCAACUUUCAAUCUAGUUUCAAUGUAUCGAUUUUAUACAUUACGUAAAUAAGUAUUCAUCAAUUUGUUACAGUAAAUUCCUUAUCAAAUAUGUGUUGAAAACUAUCAUAGGAAGAAAAAAUGCAUUGCUUUAUUAGUUUGUUUUAAAAUGACUCUUAUCAAGUCUAUUGGCAAAAUGU